AUGACGGAACUAGAAGACAAGGGCCUGCUGACAUCAACCAUCGCACUAAUAUGCUGGUACAGAAAAGUAGACGACACCUUUGUAGUUCUCAACCCCAACGACAACCCUGAACACCGCCUCAACCACCUGAAUUUCCAACAUCCCCGUAUGCAGUUUACAAUGGAAGAAGAAUCUAACAACAAGCUCCCUUUCCUCGACGUCCUAUUAAAGAAAGAAGACAAGAUCUCCACUACUGUCUACAGGAAACUUACCCAUACCGACCAAUACCUUCACUUUACCUCCAACCACCCUCUACAGGUUAAGAAAGGCAUCAUAUCCACUCUCACCCGAAGAGCCAAGAACAUCUGCUCGACAACAGAAACCCUAGAAACCGAACUAAACCACCUCCGCCAUGUCUUCGUCCAUUAUAGCCAGUACCCCCAGAAGUUAGUCAACAAUGUCAUCACAACCACCCUCAACCCAAGAGAUAAACCACCCCGCCGGCAAUCAGCACCCUUUGUAAUAAGUAUCCCGUAUGUCCCAGCAGUCAGCCACCAGAUAAGACGACUCCUUCAGCAGCAAGCAGGCAUAGACGUUCUGUUCCAGAAAGGCAAGUCCAUCCACAACCUCCUCUAA